GUUUUAUGCAGAGCCGCAAGCCAACAAAAUAAAAGAAGACAUCAAACAUCUUCCAUCCAUUGCUUUCCGUUCUCUUCUAGUCCGACCAUCAAGGAUUUCAAAAAAACAGCCUUUUCAUUAUCAAAAUUUGCUUGUGAAGCAUCAAAUCCAUCCACUACCAUCAAUAUUUUGUUGAUUAGUGGAUACAGGAGCAUCAAGAGUUAUAUUUUGUAAGCAAAGAAUUUUGGGGGUAGCAUUUGACCCGGUGAUUAGGGUUUCCAAAAACAAUCUGAACUUCUUGAAUGGUAAAAUAGGUAUUAUAAAAAAAUAGUUAUCUCUUAGGGAAGUUGGUGAGUGUGUUAUAGUAAAAUUAGGGCUGCAUUUAGAAUUACCCCAUUUGAUUAAUGCUAAUUAAUUAUUUUCUCUUCAAAAAACAAAUUACAAAUGGGCCAAAAUAGGGAUGCUAUCGGUUCAUAAACGGGCCAAACAUCCCUGUAGCAACGGGAAAGCGAAUCUUGACCGUCAGUCAGAGGCAACUUGUGCGUGUGUUUUGGAAAUCUCUGAAACUGUUCGCAAUCUUCUCCGUACUUUCUUUUCCGCUUUCACCCUAUCUCAACUCCCCCAUUGCCUAUAGGUCAGUUUCCUUUCAGUUUCCAACCGCCCUCAGUUUUGUUUUUGUUUUUUUUUUUAUUUUUAUGGCUGAGAAUUAGUGUUUUUCUCUUAAAGAAAUCUCCCGGCAUGCAUUUCUGAAAACGUUUUCUUUACUCUGAUCCCAGAGCUGAUAAUUGGGCUGUGAAGGUUGACAAUGGCUGGAGAGAAGAUAUUAGAUAAAUCUGAGGCAAGCGGUGCGGGAUUGAAUCCUGAAUCAGUUACUGAAUUGACUAACAAGGUUUCUAGGAAAGUAAGAAAAGCGUGUGGUCCAUCCACUUCCAUUUCUCCUAUGGGGACUGCUGCUGCUCGUGUUAAUGGCGGUGUUCAUCAAUCCAUCAGUCUAAAGCCAUCUAUCACUAAUUCAACUACCGGCUCCUAUGGUCACCAUUAUGGAGGGUAUAGUCGACCACCAAAUGAUGAUCAAGGUUACUUUAAUGCGGGUAUUCAAUCAAAUCAUGGUUCUUACCUUUACAAUCCCCCUGGAAGUAAUCCUUACGGCCAUGAUUUUGUGGACUGUGAUCGAAAACAUCAACCACAUUCAUCAUCGUCAUCAGGGUAUCUUCAGCAACAAUGGUGCUCAUCAAGGAAUUCUAAAACCAGAAUAGUGGAUAUGAAUGGUUCAUUAAAGUCGAAUGGUUUUAACUCUUCAGAAUCAAAUUUGGGCUCUUCAACCCGAAAAAUGCCAUCUUCAUUUAGUUCUGAAAGUCAAUAUUCUACUGCUCCAUCGAAGUACUCCCUCCAAAGCCAUCCCAAUAAACAAUCAAACAAGUUUAGUUCAAAUUUCCAACUUGGAGGCCAAUCGGAUGGGUUUCACCGGGUUGCAAAGUUUCCAUCAUAUACCAAUCAAAACCAAGGCUUUAUGCACUAUGGUCCAAAUAAUUACCAAAUGAACGGCAGAGCCUUGAAUGGUAACUUUAAACCCAAUUUCAGAGAAAAUUUCUAUAAGAACAGAGUGGGAGAUGCCUCGGCUGAACUUAAUCGUGGUCCUAGGGCGAAUGGCAAGAGUAAUCCUCUAAAACUGUCAGACAAAAAUGAAAACAUUCAGCGGAGCAUGUAUAACAAAGAAGAUUUUCAGACUCAGUACGAUCAUGCAAAGUUCUAUGUUAUCAAGUCAUUCAGUGAAGAUAACGUUCACAAAUGUGUUAAAUAUGAUGUUUGGUCAAGCACCCCAAAUGGAAACAAGAAAUUAGACCAUGCUUUUCUUGAGGCUGAAAGGAAAGCAAGUGAAACAGGCAAAAUGUGUCCGGUCUUCCUCUUCUUUUCUGUUAAUGGAAGUGGACAAUUCCUAGGUGUGGCAGAGAUGAUAGGGCCUGUUGAUUUUAACAAAAAACUGGAUUUUUGGCAGCUGGAUAAAUGGACCGGGUUCUUCCCAGUCAAAUGGCACAUAAUUAAAGAUGUCCCCAACAAUCAGUUGAAACACAUCAUCCUUAAAAACAAUGAUAACAAGGACGUUACAUACACUCGAGAUACUCAAGAGGUCGGGUUGGAGGAAGGUUUGGAAAUGCUUAACAUUUUUAAAAGUUAUUCCGAGAAAUCAUCUCUAUUGGAUGACUUCGACUUCUAUGAGGACCGAGAGAUGUCACUCAAGGCCAAAAGGAGCUCCACAACUUCAGAACAGGGAGCUGAUCAGUUCCAGGACAACAAUGUCCAUAUUCAAUUCAGAGGAAAAAAUAAUAUUAUCGAAGAGGCGGUGCUGGAAUCUGAAACUGCGCAUUCUCUCAUCACUCAAACCAGAAAGCUAUCUCUUAAAUCACAGCCAUUAUAAAGCAUAUGAAUUAAAGACUGACGAAUGGCACCAGUUUCUUUUCUCCAACAUUGUUGACUUAUUGAUUAUUUCUCUUACCAUUUUCUAAAUAGCUUUGCUAGUUUCUUUUAGCCCUCCAAAUAGAACCUGAGGUACUGUUUUGUUAUCCCGCCUUAUCUGUUCUUUUGCAUUUUGGGUACUUGCUUUGAGCUUUUUCUAACCAUGUUUCAAUUGUUGUUCGAGCAGUGGGAAAGCCAAAACAAUGUGCCAUUUUUUUAACCUCAGAUUUGCUGGAUAUAAUAACAAUGCCUGUUAAUGUCAUUUUUUUUAGCUGUUA